AUGGGGAGAAGAAUAUUGAACGAUGCCUUGAGAACAAUCGUCAAUGCCGAAAAGAGAGGAUUCGCUUCGGCGGAGCUCAAGCCUGUCUCCAACGUCAUGGCUUCCUUCCUUCAAAUCAUGAAAUACCGAGGGUAUAUUAAGGAUUUUGAAGUUCAUGACCCACAAAGAGUGGGAAGGAUAACUGUGGAGCUUCUGGGGAGGAUUAAUGAUUGUCGGGCUAUCACCUAUAGACAGGAUAUCAAGGCUCAUAACAUCAAGAAUUACAAAACAGACACUCUUCCUACUCAUCAGUGGGGCUAUGUCGUAAUUACAACACCAAAUGGAGUUUUGGAUCAUGAAGAGGCAAUUCGACAAAAUGUAGGCGGUCAAGUUCUGGGAUAUUUCUAUUGA